ACAAAAAUGGACUUAGACCAAUUCCCCAUGAUUCCUUUCCCAGGAGAUGUGGACCUCUUUGGCAGCAAAACAGAAGAUAAUUUCUCAUUCAUCGAUCCCUUCAAAAUGAAGUUCACCGAAAUUCAUCAGCCUGACCAAAAGAAGGAAACAAAGGUGAAAGAAAACAGCUCUCCCAAUAUUGAAAAAGGUUAUAUGGACAACCAGAAGAUUCAAUUUCAUCCCAAAGCAAAGCAUACUCAAGUAGUUAACCAUGAGGGAUUUCGCCAAAAACAAGUAAAUAGAAUUGACCAGACUUUUGGAAUCUGCGAGAAUAUAAACUAUCAGAGAACUGAAGAGCUUGAGAGAGUGAUUUCUUCCAGUCGUAUGACUCAAAAACCUCAGAAUUUGUUUAAGUUACUCAGAAUCAGACCUCAUCAUUACAAAUUGACCAUGGCUCCUUACAUUCACGAGAUAAUUACAGAGAGAGUGGAAUCCUUCCUAGAAUUCAAGAGUGAGCAAAUAUCAGGAUUUGAUGAAUCCUCCUUCUUCGAUAAAAUCUUAAACAAUGAGUUCAAGCUUGUGGAUAACAAGCCUAUUAAUUGCCUUGGGAUGGAAAUCACUCGGAACCAUAUGCAAAAGACCAUUUCCUUUAGAACUAAAGACGAGCAAAUGUUAGACACCAAAAUUUUUGAAGGAUUUAUGCAAGAAUUUAUCGCCAUUAUGCAGAGAGUUGAGAGCCAAAUUGAGCUUUAUGAACGAGCAAUCAGGAAAGGAAUAUAUCAUCUCUGGUACUGAGUAGAUUCUUCUGAAGGUGAGCUAGAGCCAGUGAGUCAGGAUCUACAAGACAUCUUGAACAAAGAACCAUCAGGAAAUCAACAGAACCAGAAAAUGGAUUCUUUCUUUUACUUUGAAGAAGAGGGUGAUGAUGAUGCGACAAAGUUUAAGAUAAACCUUUAUGAUGUCACUUCUAUUAUAAAUGCACCAGUCACUUGUUUAGUUGACCCUCUGGGGAAUGAAAAGUUUCUUUACUGACCAAUAGCUAAGAAGCAGAAGAAAUAUAAGAAGAAGGAGAUCAAGAGCUGGUAUACUCCAAAACUUCUCAGGACACAAAUCGAGAUCAGGCAUCUGAGAGAAUUAGUGAAUAAUUAUCCAGAGAAUUGGACAGAUAUUGAGAAUCUUAGCUUUAAGACAAGUCUUUACAACACUGUUGAUCUUGAACUUUCAGGAGAUGAAGCUAGCAAAGUUAUUGACAUGGUUAAAAAGACUUCUUCAGGAAUUAAAGUAGAAUUCUUGAGAAUCGAAAGAGUUCAGAAUGUUCUUGCUUAUGACAAAUAUCAGCAGCAAAAGCAAUAUAUGCAGAAAAAAUACUCAGAUACAAGGAACCUAGAGGAGUAUCUCUUUCAUGGGACCAAGAGAAAUAACCCUGAAGUUGUAAUGGGGUCUGAAGAAGGAUUUGAUAUGCGAUUUUCAAACGGAGGAAUGUGGGGAAGAGGUGUCUAUUUUGCGAAGAAAUUUAAAUACUCUCAUGGUUAUGCUUAUAAGAUUCAUACACAAGGAAAGACCUAUUAUCAAGUGUUUCUUGCUAAAGUUCUUACAGGAAAGAAAUAUGACAGCAAACAUAAUAGACAUAUCAAGGUCCCUCCAAUCGAUCAAGAAACAGGACUAAGAUUCGAUUCAGUCUGUGGAAAUACUGGUGGUACAAAAGUACACAUCGUCUACGAAAACGGCCAAAGCUACCCUGAAUACUGUAUCACUUACACCAUCACAAACCUCGAAUCCACCAAAGACGCACCUCCUCACCCCUCUACUUCUCUCCGCUCACGUCUCGCCUCUCGCACUUCAAGAACCCCCAGACAUCCUUUCCCAAACCCCUACGCCACCCCCACCUCCUUCAACCUCUCCCGUGUGCCUCUCGUCAAGCCAGUCCAAAUCCCAAAACCAAUAAUCCAGCAGCCCACUCUUCCUCAGAAGUCAUCUCUAAAUUUCCAAGUUCCUGACCAGUCAGGAUUGCUGACUUUUGAUAUUACGAAGCCCACCUCUAUUUUUGAGGCUCUUAGGAAGAAGACUCGGAAGUAGAGAUUUGUUAAGG